ACCUCCUCCUCGCCUUCCUUCGUCCGUCUGUUGUAAGCGCCAACGGUGAUUCCGGCGCGUUUCGAGCCCCGCGUGGACAAUUUGACAGGUGUUACCUCGGCUCUGUCUGUCACGUCGCGAUCGCGAUUUCUCCUCCGCUCGGCUGCGUCGGCCGUUCCGUGCGUCGUGUCUCGUUCUCGUUUCGUGCCGUAUCUUUUCCGAGAUUCCGUUGGACUGUCUCCGAUUCGCGGCCGACCCUCAAUGCGCAUGCGUCGCGACGAUAUUGUCCGAGGCGCAGGAGGCCGCGUUACGUCACGUCGCGGUCGGUAAGAACGCGCCCAACUCUGCUGAUGCCACCCUGUCCGAAAAAUGUCAAUUGCACUUUUAUUAUUUAUUUCGAUAUAAUCUUUCAGACAUUUAUUUAUAUACAUUGGGAAUAUAUUUAUAGAUAUUUUUUUAUGCGAAAUUCCAAAAAAGCUUUAUUAGAUUAGCACGCUUCGACGAGAGAUGACGAACUGAAGUAAGGUUUAAGUGAGUUGAAGCGAGUUGCAAAUCGAACUAAAUAAAUGACGAAUUGACGUUUAAAUAUCUCGAGCUCUGAUAGGCUGAGUAUAUUAAUCGAAUGUUUUGACAAAAGGCGCGAAUUUUUAAAACACUAUAAUUUUUCUCCUGCAUUUCGGUCUCUUUUAAUUUUAAAUCGUUGCGAUCCAGUAUAUAAGUGUCCUUUAAUAUUCUCAAUUUUUUUACUUCAUUCAAUUCAAUCUUCUGACGACGCAUGCGCAGAAACGAAGUCGUGUGGCGCGCUAACCAUGUCCAUGUGUAACCCCAUAACCUAAGCCAAACUAGUUUUUUACUCCGAGUAUUAAUUUAAUGGUAGAGUAUAAGAAGAAGAAAGGAAGAAUUGUGGAAUAGAGAUCAUAUUGCGCUGAAAAUUGCUGUAAAAUAAAAUUCCUCUUGUUCUUAUAAUCUGGAAAACCGAGAUUAUUGCAGAAAAUAUACGAUGGAAAAUUGGGAUACUUCUGAUACAAACACAAAUGGGGAUAUGUUUAGAAACAUGAUAUUCGCAGAUCGAUCACCUGUGGUUAAUAAGAAUCUACAAUUUCUCUUGAUUUAUGAUGAAUCUAAUGCUCUCCUUGGAGGCACCAACAUGGUUGAUCUUUAUUGGACCGGUACUCUCUGGCAUUUUAAAGACAUCUCAGAUUUUACUAGGGAAAAAGCUGCUGUGACCCAGCAAAUGAGCAAUGGCAUUUGCGAUGCUGUUUAUCUAGGCUAUGACAAGUUUGUCGUUGUGGAAGACAGCGGUGCAGUACAAAUCAUUGAAAUAGUUCAAUCAGUAGAGAAACAGUCUGAAUUUCAAUUUCUUGAACGCACUUGUCAGCAUGAUGACAGCAUCUUAACAGUGUCUGGAUUUUCUAAUAAAAGAAACAUUGUCACGGGAGGAAUGGAUUAUUGUUUAAAAGUCUGGGAUGUUGAAGAUUUAGUAGCAACAUAUUCUUAUAGUUUUGCACAUACGGAUAUUAUCACUAGUACAGAUGUAAAGCCUAUGUGUAGUUCCGAAUUUAUAUCCGCCUCUUUAGAUGGUGAAGCAUUACUUUGGGACAUUAGACGAGCAAAACCAGCACAUUGUAUCUUCAAGAAACACGAUUGUCACUUAACAGCAGUAGCUUGGAGUACUGGUUUAGAUCAUCUUAUAGCAGUAGGUGCAGCUGAUGGCAGCAUUGCAUUAAUUGAUGUGAGACAAGCAGAUAAUCCAUUAUAUGAAUCAGUUGAAUCUGCUAGAAGCAUACAUAAAUUGUUAUUUAAUCCAAAUCCAGAGAAGAAAGACCAAUUAGCUUGUUGUUCUGAUGACACAUCUGUGAAAGUUUUUGAUACCUAUAGAGAGAUGCUACCUACAUUUGAAGAUAAUAGUCACAAUGAUUUUGUACGAGGACUGGCCUGGUACAAAGAUGACUUAUAUUCAUGUUCUUGGGACGGAAAUGUGAUUAAACAUGUAGUAUUUUCUAGUAAAGAUGAUUCAAGUUAAUAAUAAUGUAUUAAAAUUUUAUAACAUUAAU